CUUUCUAUCCUAAAAAUCAAGUCUUUUUCCCUUGGCACCCCUUCUCUCUUCCUCUCCUCCAACGCGGCGCGCUCUCUCCCUCUUCUCCGGUGGGCGGUGGCCUCAUCUCCCUCGCCUCGUCGCCCGAUGGCUCCCUCCGCAGCUCUCGCACCGGUGGCCUUCAGGUCCUCCUUCUCGUCGCCGCUCUCUUCGAACCCUACUCGUAAUAGGAUAAACAUAGAGGGUGCUUUCUGUUUACCAUGUUCCACAAAGAAGAGAGGUAGUUAUAGAUCUUUCCGGGUGUACAGUUUAUUUGGAAGGAAUAAUGAUAAAGACGAGAAUGGUGAUGAGGCACCAUCAAAAGCAGGAAUUUUUGGAAAUAUGCAAAAUCUCUAUGAAACUGUUAAGAAGGCCCAAAUGGUUGUCCAAGUUGAGGCUGUCCGGGUGCAGAAGGAGCUUGCAGCGACUGAGAUUGAAGGUUAUUGUGAAGGUGAACUAAUCAAGGUUACACUUUCUGGAAACCAGCAACCUAUAAGAGUUGAAAUCACGGAGGCUGCAAUGGAGUUGGGUGCUGAAAAACUUUCAGAGUUGGUCAACGAUGCGUACAAGGAUGCACAUCAAAGGAGCGUCCAGGCCAUGAAAGAGAGGAUGGCUGACUUGGCACAGAGCAUAGGAAUGCCUGCCGGCCUCGGCGACGGGCUCAAGUGAUGUUGAGAUUCGUGAAAGCUUGCCAAUAAGAAGUCUCAAUUUUGUAUACUAGCUGCGUGAGCCAACAGUUUAACCCCUCUGCGACUUCUCGUAGCUGUGUAAGAACUGUACUUCUGAGCACUUAUUUCUUCCAGUGUUAGCAAUAAUUUGCAAUUGUACCACGAACAUAUAUUCUUUUUUUUUUUGAAACGAACACGAACAUAUAUUCUGCACCCUUGUAAUUAGGCAUGUGUCCUGAACAGCCAUAGAUUUCGUGUUGUGUAAUGACAGGUAGGCUGAUUCAGACGAUAGUCGGCCCAAGUUCUGUUGGGUCAGGCCCGUUUGCACCUGGGCCCAACUAGUUAUUGGGCUGGACACGAUAAUCUGGUGCAGCCCGCAAAGUUCAGAUGAUGAAGCCUUCAUAUUUUUGUUACUGAACGUGAUGAAGGAUAAAUCGUGUUAAUAGGUUUUUGCUUUACGAUUAAAGUGCUCAAAGUUUGCUUCUCA